GAAAGAAAGAAAGUGAAUCCCAAUUAAAAAAUUAAAAAGAAAAAAAGGGGAAAAGAGAAGCAAAGCAAGCGUUCGUCCGUCCCGCCGCUAAGCAAGUAGAGAAGUGGUGUAUGUGUGUGCGUGUUUGUAGAAAGGCUAAGCUGCCGCAGCGCUGCUGUUGAGUUGAGAAUGGGAGAAGAUAGUGAGUGGGUGAGCCCAGGGGAAGUGCUUGGGAAAGCCUCCAAGUUUAAAGCAGGCAGAGGUGCCUACGUGUCGCCGGACAAUCUCACCGUCUAUGCUUCCCUCACUGGACUCCGCCGCAUCAUAUCCCCACCUCCCGACUCACCCGACCAGAGACCCACUGUGGAAGUAACUGGUCACAAGGCCCACGGUGCCAUUCCAGAGCCUGGAUCAAUUGUCAUUGCUAGAGUUACCAAAGUUAUGGCAAGAAUGGCUUCUGCUGAUAUUAUGUGUCUUGGCACUAAGUCUGUCCGAGAAAAAUUUACCGGUAUAAUCAGGCUUCAAGAUGUUCGAGCAACCGAGAUCGAUAAAGUGGAUAUGCACAUGUCUUUUCACCCUGGUGACAUUGUCAGAGCUGUUGUGCUGUCCCUUGGAGACGCUAGGGCUUAUUAUCUGUCAACUGCAAAGAACGAAUUAGGUGUUAUUUCUGCCCAGAGUGCAGCAGGUGCAACAAUGGUGCCAAUAAGCUGGACAGAGAUGCAAUGCCCUCUUACAGGGCAAAUUGAGCACAGAAAGGUUGCUAAGGUCGGAGGAUGAAAAGAUAAACUCAACAUUAAUGUUUCUUCUUGUUCUUUCUUCCCGCUUUUUUCUUUUUACUAGAGAGUCGGUAGCCUUGAAAUUUCUUAUAGAUAAAGUGUACUCAGGGAUUUUGGUUGUUAAAGUCAGAAAUUAUGGUAGUUUGAUAUACGAUUUGGUGUCAAGGGGCAUUGGUUAAAGUCAGAAGUAGGUACCACAGUUGGAAGGUGCAUUCGACAUUUCUCUCAUCCAGUAUCACGAUUCAUUCAUUUGA